GCUCUUUCCUCCAACCCUUGGCCACUCCAUAAGUACCCCCACGUUCCUCCCGCUUUCCAUUCGCCCCACCCCCAACCCACUUCUCUCUCUCUUUCUCUCUGUUCCACAAACACACAACGAUGGCUCCAGUGAGUGUUCUAAGCAUUGCUUCCCUUCUCGUGCUUUUUGCGGUGGCUGACGCUAGAAUCCCCGGGGUUUACACCGGUGGGCAGUGGGAGAGCGCCCACGCUACUUUCUAUGGUGGCAACGACGCUUCUGGAACUAUGGGUGGUGCCUGUGGAUACGGCAAUCUCUACAGCCAAGGCUACGGAGUGAACACGGCGGCACUGAGCACUGCGCUCUUCAACAACGGGCUGAGCUGCGGCGCGUGCUUCGAGAUCAAGUGUGCCGAGGACCCCAGAUGGUGCAACCCUGGGAACCCCUCCAUCUUAAUCACGGCCACCAACUUCUGUCCCCCCAACUUCGCUCUCCCCAGCGACAAUGGCGGCUGGUGCAACCCCCCCAGGCCCCACUUCGACCUCGCCAUGCCCAUGUUCCUUAAGAUCGCCGAGUACCGCGCCGGAAUCGUUCCUGUAGCUUACCGCCGGGUCCCAUGCAGAAAGCAAGGAGGAAUCAGAUUCACUGUCAACGGAUUCCGUUACUUCAACCUGGUUCUGGUCACCAACGUCGCGGGCGCAGGCGACAUCGUGGUCGUGAGCGUGAAGGGGUCGAACACUGGCUGGAUGAGCAUGAGCCGCAACUGGGGCCAGAACUGGCAAUCCAACGCCGUUUUGGUGGGCCAGGCUCUGUCGUUCAGGGUCACGGGCAGUGACAAGCGCACCUCUACCUCAUGGAACGUGGCGCCAGCAAAUUGGCAGUUCGGUCAGACUUUCAUGGGAAAGAAUUUCCGCGUCUGAGUCCUUUUUUUUUUUUAAUUUUUACCGCGCUCUAUAUUUUUAAUUUUAACGUCUUAAGUUUCCCGCCUUCAAUUUUCCUUUAUUUUCCCGGGAAAAUUUUGAAGUGGUGGGGUAGUAAAGUAAUAGGUUGGGUGUAAUGGGGUUUUGGUAGGAUAAAAGGAAAAGGUGAAAAAAUGGUGAUAGGUAGGAAAGUCACUCAGUCAGUGACGGUGUGGUAACUUUUUCUUUUAUAGCUUUUAUGUUCCUUUCUUUUUUCUCCUAUGACUUUAAACGUGUGUCUGUCUGUCUGUCUUAAUGUUAAAGUGUUGUUAUGUGCUGAAGUGGCUGCAAUAAGAAACAUGUAGCCCGCAGCUUAAUUAUAUAUGUUUUCAAUACUAUUAUAUAAUGUAAUGUGAUACUUUUUAA